GAAAGCUGGAGAAAAAAAAUAAUUUGAAGAGGACAAAGAAAUCCUGCGGUAGGCUGUAAGAUCCCCUGCCGUCAUUCAGUCCACUACACAACGUCCUCCUCAGCGGCAGCAUUCCGUAAGCCUCUUCCUCUGUCUGCUCUGUAUCAGCAUGUGUCUGUGGGAUAAGAUGAUGUGGGCUGUCGUGUUUUGCGGCAGCAUCUUGCCUUUGUACCUUUUCCUCUGCGUUCAUUCUCUACCAGUACACGACUGGAGGACCGUCAGCACGUACAAGCAACUACAGGGAUGGCCUGACAGCAACAGUCACGGUGGUCUGAAGAAGAGGGGAAGACAUGACACGUUAAAUAAAGGGUACCAUAUGAAGUCUGUACUGACAUCCAAAAAUGACACAGAAUUCUGGAAAUGUCCUCGCUGUGGAGUCCCAGACUAUCCCACUUUAACGCAGGUCGGCCUAUCGUACUACAACCUAAAGAAGAAGGGAGGCCUGAGUAGACAGCAGCGCAGGAAGCGAUUUGCGCUGUUUGGAGGGCGCUGGGAGAAGACAGACCUCACUUACAAGAUUGUACGUUUCCCCUGGCAGAUGAGUGAGGGAAAAGUACGGCAUGUCCUCCAGGAGGCAUUAGGUGUGUGGAGUGCAGUGACUCCUCUGAGGUUCAGAGAGGUCACCACUGAGAAAGCUGACAUCAUUAUUGACUUCAACAGGUACUGGCAUGGGGACAACUUACCAUUCGACGGCCCUGGAGGAAUCCUCGCCCACGCCUUUUUCCCCAGGACACACAGAGAGGGAGAAGUCCACUUUGACUAUGAUGAGCAUUGGACAGUGGGCAACAAUGUAGGCACCGAUCUCCUACAAGUGGCAGCUCAUGAGUUUGGCCAUGUCCUGGGCCUGCAGCACUCCCUGGAGCUUGAUGCUGUGAUGUGUCCUUUCUACAGUGACUCUUACCCUCUGCAGCUGAGCGAGGAUGACAAGAGGGGCAUCCAGUAUCUGUAUGGUCCCCCUCGGCAUGCAUCGCCCGAGAUGACAGAGACCAAUGAGAUUGACAUUGGAAUGCCGGACGCCUGCAGAACAAACUUUGAUGCUGUGUCCAUGAUCAGGGGAGAGCUGUUCUUCUUUAAGUCUCGAUAUGUUUGGCGUAUCCGUGAUGGGCAGCUACAAGCUGGCUAUCCAGCCUUGGCUUCGCGCCACUGGAAAGGCAUUCCCGACCACAUUGAUGCUGCGUAUGAAGACAGGUCUGGCAACAUCUGGUUCUUCCAAGGUGACAGGUACUGGGUGUUUGAUGCUGAGAGGAAGAUUACAGGACCAGAUUCAGUGCGGCAGCUGGAUCUUCCUGUAACAGAUAUCCAAGCAGCUUUGAAGUGGAAGGAGGACCGCAUGGAGAAAGUCUACUUCUUCAAGUCUGCUUCUUACUGGCCCUUCAGUCCUCAGGAGAAUCGAGUCGAUGAUGUCCAUCCUCGCAGCAUGCACGAGUGGGGAGGAAUGCCCAGCCAUAUUGAUGCGGCCUUUCGGGACAGAUAUGGCUACGCCAAUUUCCUGAGUGGGCUGCAGUAUUGGAAGUUUGACCCUGUGGUGUUGAAGGUGCUAGAAGGCUACCCCCGCAGCAUCGGCAUGGAUUUCUUUGGCUGCUCUGCCUUUCUGUCUAAAUAAGUUCAUACACAUAAAUCUGCGAAACUUCUGAAGAGCAGUGGGUUGAUUUUUCAGCUUAAUUCCUCAUAUAGAAAAUUCUGGCUAUUUUGGAAAUAUACUUAAGACUGAUGUAUUUCAUUAAGAGGACUCAAAAUCCAUAUAAAUAUAACAACAAAUUCUUGCCAAAGUCAUUGCCUGCUGUAACCAAAUAAUUCUUUGAAAACAAGGUAUUUGCAUUUGAAAAUACAUGUACAUGGUUUCUAGAUUAUAUUGUGAGUGUAAUUUCACAGUAACAUUCAGUCAGUAUCUGCUUACUUCUGCAGGGCCAGGAAUGAUUUUGUCAAUUUGAAAUGAGAAUACACAUCUGGAGACAGCUGGUUAAAAUUGUGGAUGGUGGUGAAAUUCAGUCCUGACAAAGCUGCACCCACAGGCUUGGGUUCCAGUACCCACCGCCAAGUUGCUUGAAUUUGUCUACAUUUAAAGAGUAACAGCAAAGUAAUUAGUUACAUUACUCGUUACAUUACUUCGUAACUCAGCACAGCACCAUCAAAGACUCCAAAUCUUCUGUAUUUAACACGUGUAAAUAUAGAAAACGAAAUAUUGUGAUUUAACAAGCAGCCGGCCAUUAUGCAGGUAUUUACUGACCAUCAACUGCUAUCUUAGCCCCAAUGACUGCACACAGCACUACAGAGGUCCUGUCUUCACAGUGAAGCCGUGGGGUUCAAACAUCCUGCAACUCUGAGCAAAACCAGCUGAUUCCUGUGUGUAUGCUCAUUAGUGGAUAACAUUAGCAAGCCCGGUAAGAACACAGAACAUAUAAAAAAAGACAAUUUUGGAGUUACCGGGAGUUGAAUUUCUCCUCUUUUGGUGGAGGAUAACUGCCUCCCCACACCUCCAACCCCUGGACCAAGCUAACACACCCUGGACCAGUCUGUCCAUUCAAUGCAUAGAGAGCAUAGUGAUAUCAACCCUCCAUAAAACUCCUGGUAAGACAGUAACAGAGCGUCACUGGGAUUAGUAACUGCAAUAUAAUCACUGAAUUUGAAAUUCUAAUCCCUUACACUACUUAAUGAAAAAAGUAAUCACAUUACUGUACGUCUUACUAAGUAAUGUGUUACUGCCAACACUGCUGAAGACUAUGUACUGAAACAAACAUCCCUUCACCAAACCUCAUAAUUCCAACCACGCAAUUGUUGUUGAUAUAGUCCGAACUUGAAAUGUUGCUAUUACGGUAAUAUUCAUAUAAUUUUUCACUGUUCAGCUGUGUGACAAAAUAUUUGUAGAAUAAUUGAGAACGAAUCUGCCUAAUCUCUAAAUGAAAACUAUGCAGGCAGUUCAACUCUCUUAAUCAGACAUGCGGGAUGGAGGCUUCAUCCCCAGAGCAACAUUUAACCAGUGGAGCAUCGUAUGCAUAGAUAGCCCUGACGUUACAACUAAGCAACAAUCCUCCGUUCCUAAAAACACCUACUCCACCCACUCCAUGCUAGUCUGGUUUUGGACCUCUGAAUCACAGCUCAUAUCUCAGUUUUUCAGUGAUUGAAAUGGUAAUAACACAAUAAUAACAAUGUCUAAUUAAUAAUAAUAGAAAUAAGAAUCACUGUAGUAACUAUAAUAAUAAUUACAAUAAUGUAACCACUCUGAUGUAUUAAAGCUUGUAACGUUAGGGGAUAUGCUGAAAUACAGAGGAUCUGACAAUUCUGUAUAGUUGGCAGUACGUUUUUUCCACCUCAAAGAUUGCUAUUGUUCUACCACCACAGCUGAAGAAUAACAGCAGAAAAUAAACGCUAUUGUAUGAUCAGUUAUCCACAGUUCUGUUUAAAAUCAAACUCCAUCUAUAGCGAGAAAUCCCGGUAAUCAAAAAUUUUAAAAUCACAGGAAAUCCUUCAACCCUAGCUGCAUCCCACUACCUCCUUGAUCUCCCUCCAAUAACUCUGUCUUUCGUGUGUCUUUGUAGAUACGGUGAAUCAUACAAAUCGGGAUAAUGGCUUUCACUUUCGAACAGUCUCCCCUUGAAAGCAUAGAUGGUGUUGCACUGAAUUGUAGACACGAAAAGUGACUGAAGUAGUUUUGUGAUGAAUGAAAAGAGAGCGCUUGAGAGAGAAUUUUAAACCCCGCCUAUUUUCUCACCUGCACACACCUGGACCUCGUUUCCCAAAAGCAACUUAACGCUAAGAUGAUUGUAGAAUUGAUCUUACAAAACUUCUUAAGUUUGAGUGUUUGGCUGAAAUGACAAUUUCCUAAUGGUAUAUUAUCAGGUUCUGUAUCUUCUCUUUUCUUUUUAUUUGUAGUGCAUAUGUUUGCCACACUCAAAUGAUGACAGAAUGACAAUAACAACUGCUGACCUGCAUAUUCAUGAAACUUAUAGGAACUGUCACUGCUUCAUUUUAGGUUCAAUAUGAGCUUAAGACUAACGCAGCAGCAGCUAAAUCAAAAAUCUAAGUUUACUUCUUUAUGCUGGGUUCAGACUACACAAUAUCAGCCCGAUAAUAGCCCAACCCGUCAGAUGUAGGGCGUUGGGAACGAAAAUGGGCAUUUGGUGCGACAAUUGAUCAUUUUAUCCUGUGUAGUGCAUCAUAGUGGACGACAGCAUCACAACGUCCCGACAGAAAGACUGUGUCAGAAUGUUUUGCCUUCUACAACAAAUUCCACGUGUUCCAAAUGUUGACCAAUAGGAGCACUAAGUGCUCUUCCAUGCACAACUGUAAACAUGGUGAUGCAAAGAGGAAUGAUGUUGGUGCUGCAAAGUGGAACUAAUUUUUUCUCUUUUUUUAGGCUUUUUGAAACUCAAGACAGCCAGAAUCAGACAAUCCACUUCAGACGCCAUUGUCUGUUUACCCAGAAGUCGAUCCCUAGCACCUCUUUCCCAAUGACAUCACACACGUCGUGAAGGAAUGGUUGGGCGGGGACCAAUAUGUAGUCUGUCAUGUCUCUCGGCCAAGUCACAGCAAGAAUUUAUAGCCUAAUCUGACACAGGGAUGAUCUUAACAGACAAAAAUAUCGGGCAGUCUGAACCCGGCAUUGAACAGACUUUGACUUAGGAACAAUGAAUUACUGUUAUUGCACAUUAAGCUUAGUUUUCAUACUGAACAAUUCCAAGUAUAAAACAUUUCUUUGUGUCAUUUACAACACUUGUGCUUUGCCAUGUAUGUGUUUUUAAUAUAUAGCAUGGCUUACAGACAGUUAAAUAUGCAAAGUUACUUUAAAGUGGAUUCAGCAUCGUCUUCAGCACCACGGACAGCCAACGUUAAGAAGUUCUUAACAGCGUGCACUCGCUCCUAAUUGCUGCUUUGGGAAAUUUAAGAGUGUUCGCAGAAACACUCAUAGAAAACACUCAUAACUUCUAAAAUUGACUGUUAUCGGGAUACGAUGGUGUAAAGUGUGCUUGAUUGUCAGAUUUUCUGUUUAGGAAAGUUACAAAAAUAGCUGAUUCUGCUGUCAGGAACGGGGUUUCAGGUGCUGUUAGUUGAUUGGACAGGAGCUUUGUUUGAAGCAUACGGAGGCCUUUAAGAUAACAGUGCUUCAAAAGCUGCUAAUGUUUCCAUCUUUCCCCACAGAGUGUUCUUCCCUCUUGUUAAUGUUUGUUAAUCAGUUCACCCACUGGAGCCACAGGCCUUGUUGCAUGUGGUUGACAACACUGUCAGUUGUGUUCAAAGGGGAGCCUGGCUAGGUCAGAAGCACUGAAACGUGGAAUUGAACUGCCUUCGCUACAGUGGUGCUUUUUAGCUACAGCAGUCGAAUGAGUCAAAGGAUUACAAUGUCCGUCAGCCGAUCCACCACUUUGGUUCAGAUUUAAAUAUCUCAACAACUAUUGGAUGGUUUGCUAUGAAAUAUGUUACAGAUAUCCAUGGUUCCCAGAGGAUGAAUCCUAAUGACUUUGUUGAUCCCAACUUUUCAUCUAGCACUACCCUGACAUUUGUGGUUUUGAGUGAAAUGACUCAACAACAACUAUUGGAGGUUGAUUGGGUUUUUUUUAACAACUGGGGAUAUAAUGUACAUGGCCAGAGUGUCACGUUUAGCAAACCACAAUGUAAAGAAUCCUAGAAGAAAUCAGGAACCAGAAAUCCAUUUCACCCUGGGCACAGCGAACACAAACCACUACAUCUGUGAAACAAAUGUGAAAGAAUUCAGACUUAUCAAAAUAAAUGGACGGGACAAUGACAAGAUGGGCAACAAUAUUAAGUGCCUUGAAGAGGAAUUUAGUUUCCUCUGCUCUGCUAUAAGAUCACUUGUGGCAGUAAAAUACUGAAAUGUAGCCCAAACUGUGAAAGAAAAAAAUCAAGUCAGCUUGUUUGAUGUGAAUGUCCGCACUACACAUUGUUGGCUUCUCUGCCAUAACACCCCUCUCUGCUUAGGUUCGCGAAGACAGUUAUGUGUAUCUUUGCUGAAGCAUGAUUCCAGCUUCAGUCUUAUUCCUCAGUGCCACCUGGGCACUAGCUUCAACCUCUUUUACCAUUUCAUUGUUCACACCCUUGACAUUAUACACAGAAGGAAAUCUGCAGUUUUGGAGGCAUACACUUUACCUCUGCUCUGCCUAACAUACAAAUCUCGACCUUUAUUUUUAUUAAAACAUGUUAAUCUCAUUUGUGCUUUGACUGCUUUCUCAGUUUCCUUUGAUUUUAGUUAUUAGGUUCUUGUGCUUGCACCCUCCUGUAGCCACCUCAACCACAGACCAUUUAGCUCUGCAAAAACAGAAAGGGACUUGCUGAAUUUUGGGAGGAUAAUUAUUUCUCAACUAGAUAUCAGGACCAGUCCGGAAAUUACUUUUUUGUUGAUACAGGGCAGCAUUGUAAAAAUGUAAUUAUUAACAAAAGCCAAUCUAGCAUGAAGAUAGAUAAAUAGUUAUGGCACUGACUGUGGUAAAGAGUUGUUGCUUUUGCUUUUUUGUGUUGUAGGUGACCAGUUUAUGUCACAAAUGCAACAGGAGAAUGAUAUUCAUUGACAGUCAAUAUUGAAAAUCAACUUUAAGUCAAUAUGGUCACGCUGAUUUCUCUCAAUUCACUGCAGCACGUCGAGAAUGAACGAAGCGGUGUGCUACAUCUUUGAAUAUUUAAGGUGCUAUUUAAGGUUCUGUAGGAAACUUCAUAUAUUACACAAAUUUAAAAAUUCUGUUCUUUUCAUUAUUCAAUGUACUUCUUUGGUGCAUUUCCAUAGAGCCAUACAAUAGUCCUCAUUAUCUGUUGAAAAGCUUUGUUUCUGUUCUCUGAUUGUUGUUGUGCCUUCAUUAGAAAAGUUCUGAGAUGGUAUUCUCAGAAAAUUAAUAACCAUAUUAUAUUUGGCUGACAAUAUAAUGUGGUUUGACAUAAAUCAUUUUCAGUUCUAAUCAGAGAAAUGAAUCAGAGCUUCACUAUGGUUUGACUUACUGUUCUAAUCAGUGCAGGACACUGAUUAUUGCCUUGACUUGUAAAAUACACUGUGGUGUGUCUGCAAAAAUAGCAGUCCAGUGUAGCUUGGACACUGUCAGUUGUGAUUUUAAACAGUGUCAGCAUGUCCUGACAACAAUGUUUUAAGAUCUAUUUUGAUGUAUUUUCAACAUAUACUGAUCUGUUUGCCUUUAUAUUCAUUAGUUUCAGUCAGAAUAUGACUUUCUCAUGUGAAUAAAUCUUUGUUUACAAUAAAACCCAAAAAUCUA